CACUUCUGUACAAACUCACGCACUCCACGCCUCACUUCGUCAGAUGCAUUCGCGGCAACAUGGAAGAAACGGACUCCUUUGACACUGCGAUGGUGAAGCAUCAAGUCAAAUAUCACGCUCUUUGUGAUACCAUCACCAUCAGGCAACAGGGCUUUUCCUACAGAGUCCCCUUCGACAGUUUCUUGAAGAGAUAUCAGUGCCUGGCGUUUGACUUCGACGAGUCGGUUGAGCUGACAGGCGGCAACGCUCGGCUGUUGCUGCUGCGUCUGAAGAUGGAGGGCUGGGCUAUAGGCUCGUCGCGCGUGUUCCUCAAGUACUACAUGGAAGAGCACCUGAGCAGGCUCUACGAAGACCACCUCCGUAAAGUCGUCAAAAUACAGGCCAUGAUCCGCACGUUUGUUCAACUUCGCCGCAUUCGCGCCGGCCGGUUUGGACGCAGUAGCAAAGCGUGCUCUCCUGAGCCUGUCCUCGCUCGCAAGGUGAAUCAAAAAGCGGCUAACAGCAUCGCUAACAGAGCCCGCUUCAAUGAAGCAACUGUGGAGGGCGAGGCUGCGCGUAUCGUGCAGCUCUAUUUCAGGCGCUGGAAGAUGCGCACGCUCUUCCAGACACUGCAGAUCUACAGAUGCGACAAGAUGAAGCAGUUGGUCUACUUCUGCCAGCAAGUGCAUCUGUUCAACCAAGAAUGCCAGGCACGCGUGUGCUGCUUGAGCCCGCCGGUGCUCUUGUCAAAAGUUGUCCCUCAGAAGCCCUUGUCUCACCGCAGCCUCGUCAAAGAACAUUCUCGAGGGCGACCUAUGAAACUUACACUCGAUCACACUCUCGCCAUCUUCUUCGAUACCAGCUACCUCUGCCACCCGUCACGCCGCGACUACAGGCAGCAAGACGACGACUGGGAAGGUCCAUUCAAGAGUCGCCUGGCUGCUGAGCGAGCAGCUAACAUGGGAUCAGACAGCCCAUUGCCCAGCUCAUCUCCCGUGCCCUCAAUAUCCAGCAAACACUUAAUGGAUCAAUCCCAGUCCAGUUUCAAUAAAUGUCAAAACCAAAUCCAGUCGAAAUUCCAAAACAGUAAAAGUAACGACAGCGACGAAGAUCAGUUCAAGGAUUUGAAAGAACAAAUCAGACUGGAUAACGAGAGCUGGAAAAACAAAAACAAGUACGUUAUGACAUCCAUGGAAAGCUUUGACAGUGUCUCCUCUUACAAACAAACCUCCCUGCAUGAAUGUGAAGAGGCUCCGGCAGGUAGAGCUAACAAGGAACUGCAAACCAGCUUUGAAUUUGAUAAGAAUUGUAAUGUUUCAUCCAACAACUUACCAUACACUUGCAACUACAAUAACGGUUGUGGCAACGGCAUUAAUAAUAACAGGGAACUUGUCUACAAGAGCAAACGCUCUGAGUCUCGUGAAGGCUGCGCCAGCAACUGCAUGAGUACUGAGCCUCGCGAUGGUGGUCGUGACCACUACAACCGCUUCGCGGCCGUCACUCCUGCCACGAAACCUGCGUGUCCGGUCUACGCUCCUUUCAAUUUCAGCUACAUCAAGAGGCAGGAGAUGAAACCUGCUGUCACUGUCGCGCCGUGGCAAAACAGGAAUAAGCCAUCAAGUCACCACACGCCGCAAGGGGCGUUAAAAGAGAUGAAGAUGAAAGCUCAACGCCAGGGUGACCAGAGUUCUGCUCAAGCAUUUGAUUUCCAGAGUCAACUUCGCAAAACGAACUACAAGAGAGAUAGCAUGAAGCGUUCAGAAGCUCAUCGAGACACCACUAUCACAAAUAAUCUUAACAACCACAACAACGCUUGUCCCUCCUUUCUGCCAGAAAUCAAAGUUCGGCCAGAACCACCACUAAGUCAACGAACAGGCCCGGCAAAAGCUGCUUCUCCAGCCUCAGUUUUGCAACGAGAAUUAUCCCGAGAAUCUGCGCGCAGUAAAGAGGCCGAGCGCUACCGGAUGCAACUGAAAACGGCAACGGAUGCAAUGAACAUCAGCCCUGCUGAACAUAAACCUCCGGAAGAUUUAAAUGCUAUGGAAAUAUCAGAACAAGAAGAUCGACAGCUACUGGUGGUGAAUGGGCUAGAUUCCUCCAGCGAAGAUGAAAACCAAGAAAAUGUCGAGGAGACUUUUGAAGCUACUUUCACGGCUAGCACCGAAGAAGCCAUGCUUUAGUUUAUAAGUAUUAUUUGGCGAUCGUAAUAAAUAUUAUAAGCGUGAAUAGAGUAGUCAGCAACAGCUCAUCCGAGUUUUCUGUAGCGACAUCGAUAUAUUCUCGCUCCAAUUUUAUCAUAAGUGAGCUCUAAAGUUUGAUCCGUUAUCGAUAGUUAUAAAUGUUAAUCUAAAAAAGAAGUCAAUGUAAUCCAGUAAAAAUGUUACUUAAUCUACCUCUCAACAAGAUAUAUGGUGGAUAUACAAAUUCACGAACAGCCCCGCAAUUGUACUCAGUUUCACGUUUCUAAAUUCUCAGUAUCGAAUGAAUAAAUUUUUCGUUCAAGUCGAUCAUUAAAUAUUAUAUGCGUAACCAGAAUUAUUUGAGUGUCAUAAAAAGGGACUUUGACAUCUUUUGCUUCAAACCAUAUUGUUUAUUUAUAGCGUUGUAUUGUAUAUUGAUCAUAUUCAGUCAUUUUGUAAUGUAGUAUCGUAUUAUGGUUAGGAAUAAAA